AUGGCUGGAGGAACCAGCAUCUGGGCGAGCCAGGAAGCCAGAACUGAUCCUAGACAAAUCUUCAAUGGAAGACUAGCCUAUCUUUUAAUCACCCUUGCCUGGGCUGGUUGGUUUUAUGGCUUCGAUACGGGAAAUAUCGGGGGCAUCCUGACAUUACCAUCAUUCGAACAUGCAUUUGGGCUCGACAAGCUGACUACUGCGGAGCUUGAUAGCCGCAAGGGGACUAUUGCAGCGAUGCUCGCAGCCGGCGGAUCAGCUGGCUCUCUCUGUGCAGCGCCAACCGCCGAUUUCCUAGGCCGCAAGUGGUCUGUUUUCUUAUGGGGGUUUGUGUUUGUUAUCGGUGGCGUGAUGCAAAUGAUUGCCAACUACAAAGUACUCAUUGCCGGUCGCUUCAUCGGUGGAAUGGGAGUUGGGGCCAGUUCGAUGCUGUCUCCACAGUUUCUGGCUGAGAACUCACCCAAAUCGGUGAGAGGGUCGGCAACAGCCAUGUACAACCUCAUGAUUCUAGCGGGAUUGAUGGUCGCCUUCUGGAUUAACUACGGAGUUUCUUUGUGGUCAUUUCCCGGUGUUGAGCAAGACAACACCCAAUGGAGAACGGCAAUGGGAAUCCAGUUGAUUCCUGGUGUCUUGAUGUGCUUGAUGAUCCCUUUUGUUCCUGAAACACCUCGGUAUCUGUUUAACCACGGGAAGAAAGAGCAGGGACUGAAGAAUCUCUGUCGGUUGAGGAAGCUUCCUGCUGAUCAUCCGUAUAUCCAGACGGAAUAUCAGGAAAUUGUUGCCCAGGUCAGGUUCGAGCAAGAAUGUCAUCAAGGACACAGCUACUGGGUCGUUCUUCAAGACAUCAUUUUCAUCAAGAGCAACGCACGACGGUUUUUUCUUGCCGUUAUGUUAUUCCUUUUCCACAAGUUUACCGGCACUGAUUCCUUGAAUUACUACGCCCCAGAGAUAUUCGAACUUAUCGGCGUAAACGGAACAUCGAACAGCCUCCUCACUACAGGCGUCUACGGAGUCGUCAAAUUCGUCGUUACAAUCUUCUACGUCACCUACCUAGUCGACCGCGUCGGUCGUCGUCGACCACUUCUCGUCGGUGCCGUUCUCCAAGCAACCGCCAUGCUCUACCUUGCCCUCUACCUCCGCUUCGCAGGUACAAACACAAGCACCGUCGGUGGAACACCAGCGGGAGGCAUUGUUGGAAUAGUGUGGAUCUAUAUCUAUGCCUUCGGGUGGUCAUUUGGGCAUAGUGUGGCCUGCUACAUCGUGGCGGCAGAGAUAUUCCCGACCAGAAUCAGAUCCGUCUGUAUGGGCUUCUGCUUCUUCGUCAACUGGAUUGUCGACUACGGUAUCACUCGAGCCACACCAGACAUGAUCACGAACAUGGGCUGGGGAGUAUUUCUUCUGUAUGCUAUGCUGACAUACGCCGGAGUGGUGUUUAUUUACUUCUGUCUCCCUGAAUUGAAAGGAAGGUCGAUUGAAAGUAUUGACGAUUUGUUCCAGAGACCGUUGUGGACCAUGUGGAGACAUGCAUAUCCCACGGAAGAGGAGAAAGUGCGGCAGGGGAUUCCGCAGCUAGCUAAGGGGCAAGCGAACGAUGAUGGGGAUAAGCAAUCCGUGGAUCAUGUUGAGCGUGUCUAG